AUCACAAGUGAUUCUAUACGACAGAAUUAAAAACAAAUUGUAUCGUGUAAGUGUAUAUGUACAAAUAUUUUUCUACACUUUCGUACAUACAGGUUUUGUACUCGAUCAAGAAACGUCAAUUUCAAAAACAUCACAUUUAACCUUAUCGUGUGUAAAUCAUUUGUAAAUUAAUUUUUGUAAAAGUUCAUUGUAGACUUUUUUAGAAAAUCUGACAGUCGCUGACCAUGGCUCUUGUAGAUCAAUCUCUCGAUCUGAAUAGAGAUAUCAAAAGGUCCAUCGAACUACUAGAAAAGUUACAAAAGAGUGGGGAAAUUCCAGUGACAAAACUGGCUGCCCUGCAAAAGGUUUUACAGAGCGAUUUUUUGCACGCUGUUAGGGAAGUUUAUGAGCACAUUUACGAUACCAUUGACAUUCAAGGUUCCCAAGAUGUGAGAGCUUCAGCAACUGCCAAAGCCACUGUGGCUACAUUUGCUGCCAGCGAGGGCCAUGCACAUCCCAGAGUUGUUGAAUUACCAAAAACUGAUGAAGGUCUUGGAUUUAACGUUAUGGGAGGAAAAGAACAAAAUUCACCUAUUUAUAUAUCAAGAAUUAUUCCUGGUGGAGUGGCUGAUAGGCAUGGAGGCCUCAAACGAGGUGAUCAGUUACUGUCCGUCAAUGGAGUGUGCGUUGAAGGAGAAAAUCACGAAAAAGCCGUAGAAUUAUUGAAACAAGCACAAAAUUCUGUAAAACUCGUCGUUCGUUACACCCCAAGAGUUUUGGAGGAAAUGGAAUUGCGUUUUGACAAGCAAAGAACAGCCAGAAGACGCCAAAAUGUUCAGUAAAGAGUAUUAAUGAAGUAUAUACUACAUUCUUUGUAAUUAAGAAAUUCAUGCACAUAUGGAUGUAUUAUUGCAUCUUUUUAUUAUUACU